GCAUGAAGCGCGCACGCGCAGGGUGGAAGUGAAGUGGACGGUGGACAGCAGCACUCUUCAAGCAAGACGGAAUACCCGGACAACAUUACUAACCCCCUGUAAAUUCCUACAAGGCUCUAAAGAAAUCCAAAACAUGACACACACACGUGUCUCAAAAGUAAACAGCUUUAUUUUUUAGUGUUUUAAAGUGGCUGUCAACUUACAAACCUAGCUUGUUAGCUGGAUGGCUAGUGAUAAUGAACUGUUAUGCAUUGUCGGACAAUCAGCUUGUGUUACUCCGGCUAAUGCUUCUCUACUCAUCUUGCUGUCACUGACGUGACUCCGUGUGCUGAUGACAUGAGAUGCCUGCAUAACUUUUUUUCCGUCGGAUAUUUAAUUUCCACAAAGACAACACAAUGGACAGCGAACGCAGCAACUGCAGGCCCCGGAUUGGAGACAAUAGCAAGCUAACUUAGCUAGCAGACUGUAGUGGCUGCUAAGCUUGCUAAAAGCGGUCCUGUCUGGUGCGUGUCUGGAGCUCCACUGACAACAUCUAGGUACGUCGCUUAGCUCAGCCUCUGGUCAGUUUGUUUUGGUCCUAUUUUUUUUCACGUGAUCCGGAGACGCUACGUGAUAAUGCAGUGCGCUGUAGUUCCCUUAAUUUGGAAGCAGAGCAAACUUUGUUUACUUAUUGUGGGUUCAACUCUAGCUAGCUGGACUGAUAACCAUUGAUACAAGGACAGAAAAAAAAGUUAUCCAAACUUAAGUAGAUGAAUAUGUUAAGCCUGGCUUAUAGUCAUUGUGACGAAUUCACGUGAGAUGCAUAAUGCAGUAGAUCAUCAUGCUCGAGUAAUAAUGGAGGCACCAACCCGGGGUCUCAGACAUGUAAUGCAUGAACGCCUCAUCUCCCAGCUGUUUAUCUUAGUUCUUGUGGUAGGGGAGAGUGGGGUAAGUUGAGUCAAAGUGUAAGUUUAGCCACCCCCUGUUGCGUGGAAACGGUAAAAGAAAUUGAUCAUGUGACCAAAUAUUUAGGAGAUGGGCAUCAAUUCAUGGAGUCUGUGAAUGUUAGAAGCACAUGGGUGAAGGGGUUAGACAUUUAUUUCCGAAAAACAUUUUUCCCUCUUGAAAGUGAAUUUAGUCUGUCAUAAGUUUGAUUAGAAUUGUGUUCAGACCAAAAAAGAUCAUUUUAAAUUUGUUUUAUACAUCAAUUGUGUUAUCUAUGAGCUACAACAAGAGGUCAAAAACCUAACAUAAAAUAAGAAUAAGAAGAACUUUAUUAAUCCCUGAAGGGAAAUUCAAUUGUCUGUUGUCUCACAUAAUAUUUCCAAUAACCCUAACCCUAAAAGUUAUCCAAUUUUUACAUAAGAGUUAUACAGUCUGAUGGCUGUUGGUACAAAAGAUGAAUCUUUCUGUCCCGCAGCGAAGAGAGAGGAGCCGUCCACCACCAUUUGCCCUUUGGUCCAUCAAGGUGUUGUGAAGUGGGUGAUCCAUGUUCUUGAGAAUAGUCUCCACCUUCCUCAGUGUAGAUCUCUCCACCACAUCUUCCACUGAGUCCAGCUUGAGUCCUACCACAGAGCCAGCCUUUUUCACCAGUUUGUUAAGACGUCUCGCAUCUUUGUGUUUGAUGCUGUGUGUUCAGACUGCAGCGUAGAACAGAACACUUGCCACCACAGACUGAAAACUGCAGCAACUUACUACAGAUGUCUAUUGAUGGGAGUCUUCUCAGGCAAAAAAAGUCCACCAAUAAAAGUCCACCAUUUUAGCUUAGAGGACUAAUAAAGUCAUAAUAGUAGUUCUGGGGUAAGUUAAACCAGUGGCUCAACUGAGAAAGUAAAGAAGUCUGAUGAGAGGAUCAGAGUUUCAGUUCAGAUAGUUGAAAUGUUUUACUUUUUCUUUUCAAAAAUACAGCUGUGAAUGUUCUGAAUCAUUUAAAGGCAUUCUCAUGUUAAAAUGUUUUUUUUUUUUUUUUUUUUUUUUUUUACAAAACAGCUUUUUAGCAGUUAUAUGUAAUAAUAAUAAAAAGAGUUAUUGUACCAGUUGAAUAGCAAAUAAUAGAUAAAAAACACAUUAAUGUGAAGAAGUGACUGUUAUUUAGGGAGAGAGAAGGUGAGGGAGGGCUGGGUUGGAGAGUGGGGGGGGGGGGGGGGGUAGUUGGGAGACGGCUCAACUUAUCCCGCUCCUAUGGUCAACUUAACCCAUACACGGGGACCACUUUCUUUGGCAUUGCUAUAUUGUCAAGACAGUUAUGUUUACACUCAUUCUGUUGGUUUAGUUAGAGACAAAACUGCGAUCGCCUUGAUGUAGUGAUCCAAAAUAUGAAAAAUGGCUCAUCUCACCCCACUCUCCCCCUACAAAUGUGUACUAAGCACUAUUGUUUGCCUUUUUCUCAUCAGAACCAUGUUGGAGUGGUGUUCAUAGCAUUAAAGCUCACCAUAGGGAACACCUGUAACCCAAUUGAGGUGCCUGGACCAGGGAUCAGGAGGAUAUGACCGACCAAAUCUCGGCAAUAUGUAGCACACCUUUGCUCCAUAACCAACACCAAACUCUGACUGACCAAGGCCCAGCAUCCCAGCAGACUAGAUCUGGCAUCAUGUCUUCACAGCCCAAAUGGAUGAAAAUCAGCACUGAAGAUACUGAUCUUAUCAUACCUGAGGACAGGCUUAGUAAUGGCACUUGUGAAGUUGAGACUAUAGUAGCAUUACACUGUCACGGUGACAGUGGAGAUGUUGCUGCUGAGGCUGACCCUGCACUUAGCAACGAUGGCAUGUCAGAGUUUUCCAACAGUGACCUCUCUCUGCCAGAAGUCUGCAUUUCUACCAACAGCAAUAGUUUUGAAGAUGACAUGAACUAUGAGGUCCAACAAGCUUAUCGGAUAUUCACUGGCAUUCUCUUGGACAAGCACAAAAGCAUCACCAGCCCAUUCCUCCAUCCCGUUGGCCACCAGGAGGCCCAGCAUGGUAUUGGAGGGGUCAGGGGCUGGGGUCAGGCACAGCUGAAGCAAUCAAUGUGCUUGCGGAAGAUGGAGGAGAAGUUUAUCAACCAAGAGUAUGACACCAUAACAGAGUUUGUUGCAGACUUCAGGCUGAUGUUGGAAAACUGUUAUCGCUACCAUGGGGUGGACCACUGGAUCUCCAAACAGGCUCAGAAGCUGGAAAUUAUGCUGGAGCAGAAGCUCACAUUAUUGUCCAGGUAAACAAUGCAAUUACAUACUAAAACAAAUUGCUCGGCUCAUUUAUAACACAGUUGCAUAGUUUUGGUAUCAUGUUAGAUAGCUAAUGAAGCUCAGAAGAUUUUGAAUUGAAUUGUUUGGAUUUCCAUACAGCACAUGCUAAUAGUCCACAGAACAUGAUUAUAGUUUUAUUAUUCUUAUCAGUACUUGUGAAAAUGACUGUAUGGGAUUCCUUUCCACAAUAUGCUGAAGAGAAACUACCCUUGAGUCACUGUAAAGUAUAUUUCUUUUUCCCCCAAACUAGGACACUGCGAGAGAAGACCACCCUGGCAGUGACUUCUAAAGGACGUUUCGGUGCAGAAGAAGAAAGAGGUUCAGGGGGUACUUCCACAAGGAGGAGACUGGCAUCUCGUAGCCUUGCUACUAUCACUGUAGGAGGGCAUGAGUCUAUCAUGGUUCAGACUCUAAGGCUAGAAGAACAGCUGAGGGUCAAGGAAGAGAAGAGGUGAGUUAAUGUUAAACUAAGCAUGACAACAUUUCCUGAAGUAAAUCGAUUUUUUAAAUGAAGACAAGAUUUUGUUUUUAAUUACUGAAACAGGAAACUUUCUACUAGUCUUGUAUGUGUAUUUUAUGACUUUUUAGGCAACGUGAACUUGAGAAGAAAGAAGCAGAGGAAAUGUCAGCCAAAGAAGUGGACGAGUGGGAGCAAAGUUUACUGUCACAAGCUUCCCUCCACUCUGUGGACACACUUUGGGAACUCCCUGCUAUUGGGCACUUCCUCUGCCUCGCUCAGACUGCCCUUAACCUCCCAGAGAUUGUAUUUUUUGAGCUUGAGCGUUGUUUGCUGAUGCCUCGCUGCAGUCUCCUCCUGUCCAAAAUCAUGUCUUCCCUACUGUCCCCACCCCAGCGGAGGGCAACCCUACACCGCCGGCCUGCCCUGCCUUACCGCCGCUGGGAAUCAGAGCUCAGGCAGCGGGUCAUGGGUUGGUAUGGAUCUGUUGGUGCCGCCCGUGAUCAGCCAGGUCGGGCGGAGCAACUAGGUCUCUGUCACCAGUUUUUCGAGGCACUUGGGGAGAUGAGUCCAUUGACAGAAAAACCCUUUCACUUGCUUCCCUUCUAUCAGCGAGUGUGGCUUCUGAAGGGGCUGUGUGAUCAUGUGUAUGAGACACAGAAAGAUGUGCAGGAUGCUGUGCUGUCACAGCCCAUUCAUGAAUGUAGGGAGUCUAUUUUGGGCUAUGACAGUAAGGAGAAUGCCUAUAUUCAUUUUCCACAUUUUUGUGGGGCAGACCUGAGGAUCUACUGCCAAAGCCCCAGCUCACCCCCAGCAUUCCCCUUCCCUCCUUUUUGGGUCAAAAGAGUUGAAAUGGAGCCAGUGACAGAAGGGGAAGAGUCUGAUGGAAUAAAGGAUGAAGUGCUUAAAAGUGAAAUGGGAUGUCGUGGGGACAAAAUGGACACAGGAGAGUAUGGUGAAUUUGGAAAUGGGAGAGCAGAAUCACUAGGGAGUGUCACAAGGGACGAGGAGGAAGUUAAAAAACGGUUCGGAUCUUGGUCACCCAAGGAGGAGGUUUCUGAUUCAGUGUCCUCUGAUGACGAAUCGAGUGAAGAUCCUAAAUUGGACUCAAACACUAACUCCUUAUCUCAGUUGCAUGAAACUCAUGCCAGAGGAAGUCGCAUGAAAAGGAAUUUAAAAGAAACUGUAGAGAUAGAGUAUCAAUCCAAGAGACUUAAAUUGGAGCGGGAGCAAGGCUUCACAUUGGACUCAGUGCGUACCAUUAAAGCAGAGACAAAAGAGCCCUGUCUGAGUGUUGGUGAACACUGUUACAUGGGCAGGUCACCUGCUCGAUCAGUGAACGUGGCCUUUACAAACAGACUAGUGGGGCUCAAAGUGGAGGGAGAAAGUCUCACUCAGGGACACCAAAGAACUACCCGUUUGGAAUGCUGUAAACGUGGGACAAGUGAUCUUAAAUCUGAGGAUUAUAACUGCUCUUGUGGCCCAUCAAGGCUAGGAGCACAGUUGUCAUCUGAAAGUGCUCAAAACUCAAGUGAAGAGAGGGUGAAUGACAAAAUCUGGACUAAGAAAAAAAAGCGAAAGAAAAAGCAAGGGAGAGAACAGCUGCCGAGGGUGAAAGGCGAGCACAAGCAGCUGCAGCUCAUGGACAGGAUGAGACUGUCCACAGCUGAGACUGCCGAGUCUUCACUGCAGAGAGUGGCCACAACAAUCAAGAGAAAGGAGAAGAAGAAAAAACAUAGAACAGGUAAGAAUAAAAUCAUCAUUAAUGUAAAUUCAGUGAUUUUCUUUUGGUAUUCUAUCAAGCUCACAAGCAAGUGGUGUAUACCUGACUAUUAUUCCAUGUGGGAUAUUUUCUGAAUUUUCUUUCUUAUUCUGUACUUUGUAUUGUAAAAAACUUAGAGGUUGAAUGGGGCUAUCUCAUAUCUUUUGACAGGUAAAAGGGUCUACACCUCUAAGAAAAUAAACAAUGAACCUUCAGUUGAACCAUCAUUUAAGGUAAACAAACUGUUGCUUGAACACUUUUUUUAAGGAGUUGAUUUGCAUUGUAUAUAGUAAAAGGUUUUUAUGUAAAUCUGUUGUUUACUCACGCCUCACUAUUUUUAGUUCCUCCUGUUUUUUUCUCUGUAUUGGAAUAGUUUACUGUUCCAUACAAAUAAAAAAUUAUUACUAAUUUCAUUAUCAUAUCUUUACUUUCUCACUGUGUAGCUGGUGUGCACCAGUCUUGAGGAGUUGCGAGAGUUGAUCAGCAAGACAGAAGAUGAGCUUGAUGAACUUGAGAGCACCAAAAAGAGAUUGGUAGGGUAUAACUGUGGCUCUGUGAAAAGGAUUUGCUCACAUGUACAGGAGCCUGCGGUAGGACUGGGCGAUUAUAUGAUCGUGAUAAAUUUCAGUUCGAUCACGGUGAUCAGCUGUGAGCUUAUUUACUUGAUCAAACAUGGCGAAAAUAUGCAUCACAGCAGCCAAUCAGAGUCGAGCUUUUCCUGCUCACUUCUGUAAGUUGCUUGACAAGUAAACAGUAACCAAACAUGGAGCUGAGGGAAGUAAAAUAGAUGUCAGCCAUGACUUUGAGUCAUACUCCAAAGAUGUUAUUGUUGAGAAGAAAAGUUAUUCAACGUCUUAUUUAGUAUUUAUUUUUUUAGUUUGAAGUACUGAUGCUUUAAAACUGGCAGUUUAAAAAAAAAUUGGGAUAAUAAUCGAGAUCGGACAAUGUGACAAAGUAUAUUGUGAUCAUCUUUUUGGCCAAAUCGCCCAGGCCUAGCCUGCUGUAUAAAAUGGUGUUAAAUACAAUGAGCUUACAGAGUUUGUUACAUUUUGAUGUUGACUAAAUUUCCGUUAAAUGUUUUAAUUGGCAGGGUCGAUGGUAUUACAAGAGAGAAGCAGUGAAAGACCUCCACAGCACUCUUAUCAGACUGCUGAAUGAGCUUUCUCCCUGGGAACCAAAACUUGUUAAGGCCUACCAAAGGAACAGGUACAGCUCAUUUAACACAGUACGGAUAAGUGGAUCAAUUAGUGGAUUAUUUCUGUUGAAGCUUUGUCUGGAUAAUUGUUAGUCUUGUGCUGCUGAUUGAAACAAAGUGAACAGGUCACAACUUUGUGUUUUUCUCUCUCUUUACACAAUCCGUGCUGGAUAAGAGACAAAUCUUUGAUUUUCCAUUUCUGUUCUUGCUUCUACACAAGGCUUCGUUUAAAAAAGGAAUUUGAUGACUUCAGGAGCCACCCUGAAUACAACAACUUUGUGCGUGAGGAGUGUAUUUCAUCAUCAUCAUCAGAUGAUGAAGAUGAGAAAGUUUUUGGGAAGGAGGCAUGUUUGCUUUCAGAUCAAUAUAGAAGAUCAGAAGAAGAGGACCUGGAACAUGUAGUUCCUAAGGGUCUUUGGAGUGGAGGUACAUAAUUUUUACUCUGUGAUCAUUUUCAUUUUAUUAUUCUAUUUUAAGUACAAAAUUGAUCAAGAUUUUGAUUUCUUAGGACGGAACAAUUAAUUAAUUCUUGGGUUAUCUUAUGUCCUAGAAGCAUUUAAAUAAUUAAGUUAAAUUCAGCACUUUGCUUUUUAAUCUGUAUGGAUGGGUGAAAAAUUGGUGCAACUUUGAAAGACAUUUGUUUGGUUUCUCCAGCAAGCACCAGGGAGUUUUUGGCUGAGUCUUCUGAAGAAAGAACAGUGACCCAUGCACAUCUGAACCACCUAAAACACCCUCUGGACAGUACACAGAAAGGCAUCGGUAUGCUGCCAAGAGUUCAGACUGGCAGCAGCAAUAGUUCAUUUACCCCUGACUCUGGGCCACUAUCCAGAUCUGAGCUGGCCCCAUCAAAUCAAUCAGGGGAUUCAGACGCAGCAUGGGUAGCAAGGCUGCCAGCCCAGGCCCCACUGUCAACUAGACCCCUUCAUCCUACCACUGGAUUACCUAAGGGCUACACGCCCAUCCCCACCCUGCUGGCGAAGAGUGUGGGGAACAAAGUGACCUUAAUGAAACGGCCUUCUGAUUGCCCAGGGGUCAACAUCAUGGACAGACAGAGAAAAGAAUCGUUGGUGUCUCUGCCUACCUCUACAGUGACAACCACAAAAUUAACGAAAGCACAAAGUUCCCCUCCCAGUUCCCCACAGAACUCAAAACAAACACAGGCACAAGGAUCACAGCAGACAGAAGUAGUUAAACACACAGGGAUUACCAAAGCGACAGCAGCUCUUCCGAAAUCUCCACAGGUCAAAACAUCCCAAACUGUACAAAAAAGUCCAGUCCAAGUGAUCUACAAGGUACCUGAGAGGCUUGGUCACAUUGUACAAACGGAGAGUAGCAACCCAGUCAAGAUCUCUGUUCAUCCUGUCAUGGACCAGAACACUGGGGAAAAGAUCAUGCAGCAAGUAGUAAUUCUACCCUCUAAUCUUCUUGUCAAAAACACUGAAGAUAAGGCACCGCCAUUAGAUCCAAAACAGUGUAAGGGCAUUCAGAUCCCAGUUUCUAAAGUGGCCAGCCCAUUAUGUUUAUCCACAAAUGUGCCUGGAUUCACCAUUCCUGAAAACAGAGUACCUGUUCAGCAAGUAGCUCCUCUAAAAGAUGCUAAGACAGCUGCAACUCUUUCUCCAUCUGUUUGCCCUCAUCUGCAACAGGGGGCCACAAACACAGCUGGGUCCAAGCAUGCACAAGUCUGCACUUCUCAAGGUAGCACGACACAAGUUAUUCCGCCAAAGCCCUCAAACAACAUAACUCCUUCAACUGCAGGUACCACAGAGCCUGCUAAAUCUGUGGUGCCCAAACAAGAGCUUAAGACUGUGUGUAUACGUGACUCCCAAUCCAUUUUGGUAACAACUAGAGGAGGUAACACUGGCAUUGUCAAAGUUCAGACGUCUUCAGACAAGAAUGUGCUUGGUUUUUCACCAUCCACUCCAGUCAUCACCAUCUCACCUCAGUUUAAAGCAUUUCUGGUAUCCAAAACAUCACAGACUCCUUCCUCACAGAUUUCCUCUUGCACCAUCCCAGCAGCGACAAGUGUUCCUUUGGGGCAACCUCAAGCGCAAGUACCCUCAGUGUUAAAGUCCCCUUCCAGUGUCACUGCUCCCAUGCUCCCAGCCACAACUGGUAGCCUUCCUGUUGCAGGUUCAAGAUGCCAGUCUUUAGGCACUACUGCAGCUUCAGUUCAAGGCUCUGUCACUGCAAUUGGUUCUCCAAUUGCAACAAAAAUAAGCCAGCAAGCACAGGUAGCUGCUGCUGAUUCUCAUUUUCAAGCCUCACUAGUGAAAAACACUGUUGUUGUCCCAUCACUGAGUAGUCCUGGUGUCCUCCAAGGUGUUAGCAAAGCUGGCAUGAAACGGCAAAGUGCAGAUAACAGAUCCCAAGUUACUAAAUUCAUCUUGGUUGGCACCUCUUCUUCCUCUGCGUCAAAUGUGGAAUCGUCCAAAGUUACACUCUCGUCUGCAAAACCAAUCCCUACUUCAAGAGUCAUGUUCAUCAGCCAGCCUGCAGUAACAUCAACCAUCACUCCAAUGGGAACCAAUCAAAAGCAGGCAACAGGGACUAGUGGACAGCUGCAGACCAUGUCUUCACCAAGUCACACUCUGAAAAUGGGAUUAAGUCCCCAACAGUCUGUCAGUGGAGUCAACCCUGAAGUCUUGUCAAAGGUCAAGAAUAUCACUUUGCCCUCAGGUGAGUUUGUUGGUGCCAUACUUACUUUAUGCCCUUGCUAGCUGUAUCGUGUGUCCAUGAAAUUGGUUAUAAUGGAGCAUUAUUUUUGCAACUGUAUUUUUUAUAUGAAUUUUAACCUUGAAUACUUUUCUCUGUCUCCCCAGGGGUUCAAAUCCAGUUGACAGGGAAGACAACAACCAUUGGGCAGACUAUUGGUGCACUGUCAUAUUCUCCCUCCAAGAGCAUACCAGUGUCUGUCUCAAUUCCAAGCUGUCCGACAGCCAACACAACCGCACUGACCCACAACCCUGUCAUAACCUCAAAAACCACCACAAGCUGUUCUGCCCAGCUUUCCUCUCACACUUCUCUGACCACCAGCUCAAAGCUCCAGGGUAUUUCAACCAUCCCUUUUAUCUCCAAGUCCAGCUCUUCCUUAUCCACAUCUGCUGCCACACCGACCACAGGAAAUGUGAUCAAGAAGGACAUUGGUGUGCAUCCAGGUAUACUGUCCAGCAACUCACCUGCUCAGGUAAUCACCACUGUGCAGGGUAGCCCAGCCCAAACCUCUAGUGUCAUCUGCCAGCCUUUAAAGCCCACAAGCGGUAUUGUUGAGGAAUCUCUCUCAUCUUCCUCUGAACUUGCUCUCAAUAAAAUCCCAGCUACCGUCCCUGGAGUAUCAUCAACCAAUACUCCAGUUACCACCCCUGCUACAGGCAUGAUCCAGCAGAGGAUAGUCAUCAACACUUCUACACCCCUUGCUGCAGGAACACAGAUUCUUCUUAACAAUGCACGUUUUGUUGUCCCUCCCCAGGGUUUGGGUCCAGGUAGCCAUGUACUUAUCAUCUCUAGCCCAUCCCAGCAACAAGUGCCUACUGCCAGUGCUGCCAGCACUGCAGCAUCAGUACCUCCCCAUGGGGUGAGUCAUGUCACUCUAGCCCCUCGAGCGUCAGUUUUACCACAAUCCCCAGCCGGGCUACCAAGUGUGCCAGCUGUCAGUGCUCCUUUUGUAGCAUCCACACCUGUGGUGCGUCCAUCAUUGCCAGCAACAGCUCCCAAUUUUAUCCCUGUCCAACCAAACAACCUGGGCUCAAUAUUACACAGUAAAACAAAUGUAGUGUCUGCAUUGCCUAGGUUGCCAGGUAGCUUUGCAUCACCUUCUGUUAGUACACCUACUCUGGUCUCAUCCCAGCCAAGGUUAGUUGGUGUACCAGCACUAGUUUCUUCUAGUGCCCCUGUUCUUGGCUCUACACUGGCUACAAUCAGAUUAGCCACUGGAACACCAAUGCGAGCUGAAUGUUCAUCCACCAUUGCGCCUACAGUAGCACCCACCUUGUCCAGGUUGCCAGCACCUCUUUCAUCCUUCUCUCUUUUACCCAAUCCGCCAGCUGUUCCCCUACCCAGCCCCAUCAUAACUGUACCUGCAACCAUCUCAUCAGCUGCCGGCACACCAGCUUUGCAUCCUUCUCUUCCUACCCAGCAGAUGGUUUCAGUGUCCAACCCGGGCCCAGGCAUACAGCCCCAACACACAGCAAUUAGAGGUCCAGCACAGUCAACCUCUGUGACCCACGCUAUGGUGAAUACAGGGCUGGGAAACUCACCUAUCAGAAAAACGGUACCUGCAGGAAUGCAACCAGUCCUCGCUGGCAUACGAACACAAGUGCUGCCGACAGUGGCCGUCCCACCAAUUGUAAGUGCAGUGUCAAGGAUGCAGACACUGCCUAUUGCCACAGUUCCACCAAUUGGAAGCACUGUCAGCACCUGCGAAACACUGCCUGUGGUGACUGCACCUGCUCUAAGCAGCACUGUUAUAAUCAGUCCAGCUCAAACAACCUCCACACUAAAGUCAAAUAACAGCCUCCACCCGCCUGUUAAUCAGACCAAUCAUGCACUUGGAAAGCACUCUCUGCAGACCUCAUCCUUUGGUAUGCAUACUAGUGUAUCAUCAAGACUACUUAUUAGUCCUGAUGGCGCUGUUUUGAGCACAGUUCAGGGCCAGGUCAAUACAGCAAAGCUGACCGCCUGCCCAAAACCACUGGAUACUGCAGUUGUUUCCCCCAACAGUUCUACUGGAGCACUACAUACACAUGAUUCCUCUGUACAAGCUUCACAGGCGACAGACAGAAAGUGCACUAAUUGAGAGAAACUGUGCCAGAUGUGUGAGGACUUGGACACCUCUUUUCCACUGUAUAGUCUUGGCAGGCAUAACUAUUGCUUGUAGCAAUCUUGGGGUAUGUUAAGAACUGCCUUCUGCUGUAGUUUGACUCAUAACUUGGAUUUAGGACAAAGUUGGUCCAACCCCUGGUUAGAUCUUCUCUUAGAUAAACUGUAUGCUCAAUCAGACAUACUUUAAAUGUAUACUCUGAUAGUUUUUUCUCAGUGAAAACUGUUGAGGUUGCUCUCAGAUGAAUGUUCUAUACUCUUGACUUUCCUUUUUUUACUUAAUGGCCAGUAAUGACAACUGUCAUAAAAUCAGUAGAACAGGAAUAGUGAAAAAAAACAUCAGAACUAAUUUCAAGCUUUUGUAAGACUUUUCAAUACUGGUAGAUACUGCUUCAAGAAGUAAACUUUGGAUACUUAAAAUUGAUACAACUUGCUCUGCUUUAUCUGUCAGAUUGAACAACACAACUGUCUGUAUUCAGAUUCUGUCAUGUGGUCUUUACUUCAACCAGUAACAGUUUCAAAACUACAAUUUACUUUUUAGAGUAUAAAUGAAUAGAAGAAUUUGUACUACAUGUUUGAGCCCAUAAAAGAUGUUUUGAAGUCACAUUUAUUUAUUUUUACCAUAUAGAUUUUUCAAAAGUAUUUACUAGGUACAUUUUCAUUGAACAAAUGUGGACAUUACUGCAUGGAAAUAAAUGAUGCGACUGUCCUCAACAAUUGUGUCUGAGCUGCUUCCUUAUACACAGACUCUAGUGAAAUCAUUUUAUUGCUUAGUGAAACACUCUACUACUGUAUAUACAUUGUGCUCAUUCAUUUGAAUAAUUUUACAAAGUGAGGGAUACAAUACUUUCUCUUACUGGUAUAUUAAGCUACAAAGCAUAAACAACCAUAAUGAAAGUGGCAUCAGAUUAUAUACCAUCAGAUAACAGAUGAAAUUUAGAGUUUGUUCUCCAGUAUCUUUUUCCAUCUUGAGACGCUUGUCUGCCUUCUGCAGAAGUCCUUCAGGGGGUGUAGGGAGGAGGCAGAGGUACUGAAGAAAUCUUUUCAUAGGCCGGAGGAGCAUUAGCAACCUGGGGAAUAAUGGAAGAAUACAAAAUAAACAUGAAAAUUUACAGAGAAAUUUACAUUGCCAUAAGUCUCCUAUGAGGAAUUUUCCAUUCGUGUGAGUCUUUGCAUCCCCUGUGGACAAAUAAGUCUUGGCUUAUCCUGUCCUAUGCACAGUUAAGUAAUGUCUCUUGACCAAACAGCUAUCCAGCUGACAGUAAAAUGCAUUAUAGUGUAUAUUUUACGCUAAAAAUGUUUAAAACAAGGCUACUUCUGCUGCUUCUACCGAUUUCAGACAUUAAAAAUGAGGAUAUAAAAAUCAUCAGUCUUGGUGCUGAUGGUCUUGUUUACUUGUGGAAAUUGUUAAAAGGCUUCGAUAUGAAUUUCAGUGUAUUUCACAAAUGCCAAAGAAUUCCUCACAAGAGCUCAAAGUACAGUCACAGAACUUCUCAUGUUACUACAGUGUGUUGCUUUGUAUAGAUAGGUUGUUAACAUAUCACCAAAUGUCUGUUUUACAACUCUGGUAUCUGCUCCAGUGAAGAAAAGAUGGGACUUGUUGAAGGACAAUCAGCUGCUGCAACGUCCUCUCAUAUGAGAGGGUGGUGAUCUGGUUCAUCUCCCUUGACUUUUCCCGCAGACUUGGAUACAAAAACCUCCCUUGGGAAUGAAACUUUUUCAAUACCCCCCCCCCCCUAGUCUGGUGACAAAAUAAUCUCUUCUUCAGGCACCCAUUACAUCAGCUUCACGUGCUCCACAAUGUGUUCCUAGCUGAGGGGCUUUGUACUAAGUACCCCCCUGUAAUGAACCUGAGAUUGUACAGACGUUGAGUCUGACCUCUUAUUGACUGGGGUAUAUCAAAUAUAAUAGACUGGAUUCAAAGAGGUAAGCAGAAACAAGUCCUUCCAGAGUCUUUAUCUUUUUCCUGAGACAAAAUACAGUUUUAGUUGCUGACAGGGAGAUAUGGUGGAAGACAAUCGGAUCCCUCACCGGAGGUUGAAAGCUGCCAAAGUUUGUUAAAGCCAUCUUGUUAUCCGCCGAUGGUCCUGCCUCCGAGAAUUGGCCUCCUGUGAAUCCUGGUGACCCUGAUCUAGGGGUCUUUGGAGAAAGAUAUGGAAAAACAGAUUUUCAUUAUAAACUUCUUUUUUUAAUGAAAGGGAUUUUGGUAAAACACUCACACCAGCAUUAUAAAGGAUACAAAAACAAAUCACUUUGAGUCUAGAAUAUAAAAGACAACCUGGAACAAUGACUGACUGUCUCACCCUGAUUAUUUUGUAUCCACUUCUCUUUUUAAAGUACCAGCAGCCCAGAAUGAGGAGAGCUGCAAUGAUGACCACCAGCAGAACUAUGCCCACUGCCCUGUGUUGAACAGCAAAAAUUCAUAAAAAGACAAAGAAAGUUCAGUUAUUGGCUGUAUCACUGCUUGUUGCAUAUGAGAAAUAUUUCAAAAUUUAAAAUACAAAACAAAAAUGUAACUUCAAAAGAUUGAUCCUGGAUUUUCAAAUGACACAGAUAUGCAUACUCUUCAGCUCUGACGUGUUCUCCUCGUCUGCUGCUGGCAAAAUAAAUGUUGAAGUCUCCACGAGGCAUCCCGUGUGUGUGAUUACACCGCAUGAAGCUGAAAGUCGAUAGAAAAUCACUUAAUCACUUAAUCACACUUACAGUGUAAUCGAAGCACAGUUUUGUAACACAGUGACUUUCUAAAACUCUUUCAUCUAAUUCCUAAGCCUUUUGAUCAUACAGCUGAAAUUUGAGGAGAAAAAAACUCUUAUGUUGAUGAAAAAAAUUAAUAUUUAUGUCUACCUAUCGGGUGUGAAACCUGCUGCUGUUUUAAAGAGCAGGGAAUCAAGAGCAACACUCUGCAUCAACUCCACAGCAGCUGGCCACCAAAUGCAGAAAAUAAUCAAACUGAACACUUAACUACCAUGAAACUUAGCAUUGUAAAAUUAAAUCGUCCUUUUAAAUCCAUUAUCAUUUGUUUUGUUCAGAAAGCCCAGAGUUACUUUGGCGGUUAGUGAAAAAUGUGCAAUUUGGUCAUGCACAGGGAAAUAUAUUUGCACAUAAAAAUUUGCACAUUUAACAGUUGUUUUUUUAAUUCUUUUUUCCAUUUGUCAAAACAAAAUUGUUAUGGCUGCUUCACUUGUCUCUUCUCUGGUGCCUCUUAAUUUCAUCCUCCUUUGUACUGGCUGGUGCUCAUAACUGGCUGAACAAUGUUAUAAAAAGUUUUAUUUCUCAACAAAAUCUGCAACAUCCAAGACAUGUACAGUACAGAGGUAUAAAAUAAGGUUGUUGUACAGACUAUAAAUCAAUAGGAACAUCAUCGAACAGCUCUGACUAGAUUGAUGAGCUCUCCUUGAUAUCAAUGUCAAAGCUAUAUAUUAAUGCUGGCAGUCGAGAGCAUCACCUGUUGCAAACUAACAUUUUUUACUAUGCAAAGCACUGCAGCAUCAGGCUAUAACAUACCAUUUAAAAUUCAGUUUACAGAGAUAUUCAGUAAAGGAGUUAGAGUUAACGUUUUGCACAAGGCUAAUUGUGUUAAAGUGUACACAUGCAACAAGAAGC